CUACUUUGUGAUUCUACAGGCUGGUUUGUUUGCUGCAUUUAUUUAAAUAAAAUCAUUUUAAUUGUGUUUUGUACCUAGACUAAACAAAGUCCACACAAAACAACAAUAAACAUAUCUGGAUCUAAUCUAAGUAUCUCCCGCAAAGUGAAUAAGGGAAAUCGAGCUACAAUUUUGUUAUCUUUGGCGUCCUACUUUUAAGUUUGAGAGAAUCAAAUAUACUAAAGGCAACAGUUCUCGAUACAUCUUAAGUAUUUAGUAUUUCAAAGGCUGCAUGGUUUUUACGUUAAAAUGGGCAUAAACCUGCUUUGGAAGUUUAUAAAAGACCAUAAACAGGAAGUAGUAACUAACGUCGACCUUGUGGAACGAGCUAAGACCUGCCACGAGAGCAAGAUGAACGUCAUGAUAGAUUUUUAUAACUUUCAGUUUUAUCUUAAAGACAAGGUAACUCGAAGCCUUUCACAAAUUACUGACAACUCACAACUAAUGUUUGCUGCAGGAGAAUAUAAGUUAAUGGACAAGGCACUAAGGUGUUUUAUAGAAGAAUUCAGAAAUGUGAAUGUAGAGCCUGUGUUCUAUUUGGAUGCUGCACGGGGUAGUGGUGCAGAACAGGUUGAGCCGAAACUUCCAUUGUGGAGACGUAGGUACUUCAGUUACUUGGGUAACAUGAACAAGGUUUUCCAGUUUCUCAAUGGAAAGAUCCCUAUCACUGAAGUGAAGUUGGACUUAUUAGCUAGACCUUGUCUUCAAGAAAUUCAAAACAUUCAUACUUUGCAAGAAUUAAAAUGUCAAAUGGUGUUUAAUGAGUCAGGGGAAGCUGAUGUGUUAAUCGGGAAAAGCGCUAAAGGUAAUGAACAGGCAUUCAUCAUUAGCGGUGACACAGAUUUUCUCAUCUUUCCUGGAGGUAACCUUUUGCCACUUGACUUCUUUGAUUUGAAUGGUCAACUCUGCCAGGAUCUCAGUUCUUUUGAGGCUAAAGUCCCGAAAAAUGUCGUUUGUGGGAUGAUAUGUUCUGCAGACAUUACAAAACUUUUGAAGCUGCAGAGUCAGGUUGAGCUUAUAGAAGUAGCUACUAUAGCUGGGAAUGAUUUUACAAAGCAUUUAUUAAUAAGACAUAAAGAAUACCGGAACCUAUACAUGGGCCAGUUCGUGAAACUAGCUCAGCUUAUUAAAACGCAUAGAACUAUCGAACAAUGUGAUUUCUUUGGAGCACUAAUGCUUAAGAACGACAACUUCGGCAAAGCUGUGCUUUAUUCAAGACAAUUUUACUCCUUACAACUGCCCGAGGAACAGAAACAAGAAGACGGAAGUCUUUUCCAGAAGAUACUAGCAAAUAUUAGGCAGGGAAAAGUUCCCAGUACAAUCCUUUCUAUGUAUCGUGGGCGGUACUGGCGUCGUCUGAUUUUAGAAGAUCCAGUUGAAGGAAUGCCUGUCGCAGAAGACGUGAUGUCAGAGCUAAGAGCCUUUUUAUAUCAACUUGUUUUGCCGCGUGAAACAGAUGCAGUAGUUGAAAUAGGACGAACAAUGGAAAAUAAUUUCACAGAAACCCAGGUACAAAAAUCCAGUGAUGUUCAAUUUCCUUCGCUGCAGGAAAUACAAGAGAACUCUACUCCUACAAAUUUAAACCUGUUUGAAAGGAUUUUAACGCAUAAAGACUGUUUCGAGCUAAAAGAUGGCCAAUCUUACUUCAAAGAUUUUGGAAUGAAAAAGGGAUUCGUUUGCCUUUUACUGAGAUACUUUUUACUUGUAAAUUGGAACAUCAACCUUUGUUUGAAUCCUCGAGAAGUGUUCGCACUUAUAGCUUGGACAGUUUCUGACCACAACGUUGAAGAAUAUUUAAAGUUGAAUAUUUUACCUACAUCACGUUGCCUCACACUGCAGUCUUGGAUGCAAAACUUGUAUCGUAUAGCAUACGCCUUUUUGGGGAAUGUUCUUGACGUUUCACAGGAAUUCCCAUCUCCGAAAGAAAUGUUCUCCGCCUCUGCCUGGGUUGUACUCUACACUUCUUCGUGUGUAAACAGAGCAGGUCUUCCUGCAGCAAUGAAACGUCCGCUUCUCCAUGGGCCAGGAACCAGCGAAGACAACGAACAAAUUGAAACACUUGUUUGCCCAACACAUGUACCAAUCGAUGAAAUGAGGAAAGCAAACAAAUUCGUCCUCAAGACUCUUGAAGAAAAUGAAGUUUUGGUUAAACAAGUAAUUGAUGGAUUUUUUCUCUUUAAUUUAAAUGAGCUCAAAGCGACUGAUUGGGCAUAUGGAUAAUAGUUCCACUUUAUUACUUUGAUCAUUAACUGAAAAAAUCGUUUUGUCACUGACUAUGCACUUAUAUGCUGAUUGGUUAGCAAUUUUGCUACCGAACCCAGUGGUUUAGGGUGGAAUUCUUGACGAAGACAGCAGUUUUGGGCUUCAGGAUUUUUAUGACGCCCUGAGUCCACAAAACUCUAAUAACUAGUUGAAAUUAGUUGGUCAAAACAGGCAGUUGGUAAUUUUGCUAGCCACAAUAUUUUUUUAACCGUCGGCCCACAGAAAAGAGGAACUUUGCGUUUGCUUCGUAUGAACUAUAGAUAGCAGGGUCUAAAAGGGGACAUUUAUUGACUAACACUAUUUUAAUGAUCUGUGCCAGCAUUCAGUGUUUUAAACAAUAUUAUCCAUCCAUCAUUUUUUUAUUUAUUUAUCAUGACUUGGGAGUGUAUUGAGUGCUAGUCACUGAGCUAUUUGCAAUAGCUUGAAUUAGUUUCGAUAUCUUGAUUGGUACUGAAUGCAAUGUUUAUCGUUCUUUAAUGCUAAUAUACAGGUCAUUUUAAUUUUUAAUUUCAUUAUCUUUUGGUGUAGUCGUGCAGCAUCAUGAGCUAUGAAUGCCUUGUGCACAAGUUAAUAAUAAUAAGGGAUGUCUUCGAGUCCAAAGAUUAACAAGGAAUGCAUUAUUUCACGUGACAACGCAGCCCCAGCUAUGACCUACAUAUUUCUUGUGCACUAAUUUUUGAGCUAUGCUUUUCCCAAUAGACUAAAUAGGUGUCAGUAAUUUUUUGUAAUUAUUGAGUUUUAAAUGAACAUGCUCCUUUAAUUAUUUACAAUUACGGCAUAAAAGGUAAAUAGUACGAAAGAGAGAUUAAGUGAUUUUGUCAAUAUAUCAUGUAUAAGUGAAUUCAAUUUUUCUAAUAUAUUUCUCCAACGUUUUGAUUUUAUUAUAUGAAUACAGUUGCAUUUGUUAAGCGAGUCUUGUGUACUAGCUAUUGGUUGCUUUUAGAAUUUAAGGAUUUUAAUAUGAGAAUGUUUGAUAAAUAAAUCGCACAAGAUAUGUGUAAUUCAAUAGCCUUUUUAACAGACCAAUAUUUUCCUUUUUAAUUUUUUUUUUCAUUUCAAAUGAAGAGUACAAAAAUAUAUGAA